GCCGAGUCAGGCAGGGAGGAGGCGGGGGCGGGGAGUCCUUCCGCCCUUCUUAGGAGGGGCUGCAUUGCAGGGGGAGGCUGAGCAGGCAGACUCGGUCAUUGAAGAGCGAGAGUGAGAAGACGAAGCCAUCAAAGCCCAACAGCCUCCUUUUCCUCCAGCCCAGAGCUGAUCCCGGAGCCCCAGCUGCAGGCCCUCUACCUUUGGCACACGCUAGUGAUUAAUUGCUAACAGGCAGCUAUGAGGGAGCCUGUGAGUAGCCAGUACAGCUCCUUUCUCUUCUGGAGGAUGCCCAUUCCAGAACUGGACCUGUCGGAGCUGGAAGGCCUGGGUCUGUCAGACACAGCCACCUACAAGAUCAAGAGCCCCAGUGAUGGCAAAGCGACUGGACAAGCAGCCAGAGCAGAGCGAGAGGAAAACCCGGAUGGCGAUGCCCUCCUUGAGUACAGCACCUUCAACUUCUGGAGAGCGCCCAUCGCCAGCAUCCACUCCUUUGAGUUGGACUUGCUCUAAGGCCAAGACUCCUCUCUCCUCCCACCUUCUCCUCCUCAUUGUUUUCCCUUCCAGCCCCUUCCUUUCCUAUUUUAAUCUUGCUCUUUCCCCUCCAUUGUGAUGAGGUAGUGCUCAUGAAUCUGCCAGAAUUUUAUUUAUGUAUUUAUUCAUCUAUUUAUCUUCCUUCUCUGUUUAUCUCAAAGGCCUUCACACCACACAGUAAACACUGAAGCAGUGGCAAUGGAGUAGUGCAGGGUCACAGGGAUUCCUUUCCUCCCUCCCCACCCCCUAUAGUCACUCCCGAAAGUAAGCCUGAUUUGGGUGGGGGGAGGGAUCAGAGUAGUUCAAAAUGGAGGACUGAUUUCACUCCAUUUUAAUCAACCUAAGGAGUGUUCAAACAGUCCAAGGACACUGUUCCAGUCAGCACACAAGGAAGAGGUUGAUAAUAAACUCCCAGCCUUGGGAGUUGUAAUUUGGGAUAUCUGCUACUGAACAGUAAGAUCUCUUAAACACCAAGGUGGUUAAAGACUUGCUUUUCUGAUUCUCCACAUUCUUAUACUCUUUUCCCCAGCUACAUUGGGGUUUGAUAAACAUGUAAUAAAAAUUGGAGAUAAUCCAUCAUAGAAAAGGAAAAUAGAGAAAAGCUUGGCAUCAUUUCGGAAAGAGCAAAGUGUGCUCCUUCAAGCCUUCUCGUUUCACAACUGUGCUCCAAACUGUGAGUGGGAAAAUCUAGCCAAGGAAAGCCAGAUUUCAAAAUGUAUGAUGCAAUUGUACUAUUAAGAUAAUCUGUAGCAUUUUUGACUCCUUUUUUAAGGCAAAGAAUUUGCUGUUUCCUGUAUUAGUAGGGCCCUCCUGUUGGUCAAUGGGCCUUAGGAACAGUUCUUCAGCCACCUUGAGACCAUGAAAUAAACAAUCACACUCUAACCUUUGACCUCGUGCUCCAGCCCUCCCAAAGAGAUUGCUGCCAUUCGCUCAUUUGUUUAAUAAAGACAUUCAAUCCCA